CUUGACUCUUUAUCUAAUCGGUUGUUCGCUACAAGGUCGAGUUAGGAGAGGGGUGUGUGGCUGGUCCUGACUUUUAAGCAUGGCGCAGCUGUGCGGCUUCGCCUCAUGUCAGAAACGUGGUCCAGUUUGUUGACUCGCGGGUAAACGCGAGAGGGAGCUUAGCUCGCCCGCGUGUCACAUUCAAAUGCUUCCGCUGCGCUCAGGUCGAUGCUUCUAGCGCUCUGAGCCCGGCUAGCCGCAGGGAGCUAGCGGAGUGGAAGUCUCCCUGUCUGUCAGGGAUGAGCUCGGCGCCGGAUCACGGUGCCGUGGCGGAGACGGCGGCGCUGCCCGGCAAACAGGUCUCCGCCGUCUCCCUCGCUGGACACGUCCAGCAGGUCUUCAGCCAUGUGAAGGUGGAAAACCUGGUGGCAGGACUGAGCGGCGGCGUGGUGUCCACCCUGGUGCUGCACCCGCUGGACCUGGUGAAGAUCCGGUUCGCAGUUAGUGACGGACUGGAGCUGAGGCCUAAGUACAGAGGUAUACUGCACUGCAUGAAGAGUGUGUGGCACCAGGAGGGGCUGAGGGGGCUCUACCAAGGGGUCACCCCUAAUAUUUGGGGCGCUGGCGCGUCUUGGGGCCUCUACUUCUUCUUCUACAACGCAAUCAAAGGCUACGCAAAGGAAGGGCGACAGACUGAACUACGCCCGGCGGAGCACCUGGUGUCGGCGGCUCAAGCAGGCAUCCUGACCCUCACCAUAACCAACCCGAUCUGGGUCACUAAGACCCGGCUGGUCCUGCAGUACAGCGCCGACCCCACUAGGAAGCAGUACAAGGGCAUGGUGGACGCCCUGGUGAAGAUCUACCGCCACGAGGGGAUCCCAGGACUUUACAAAGGCUACGUUCCCGGUCUGUUUGGCACGUCGCACGGGGCUCUGCAGUUCAUGGCCUACGAAGAGCUCAAGAGAGACUACAACAAAUAUAAGAAUGUGCCCUCAGAGGCAAAGCUGAGUGCUCUGGAAUACAUCACAAUGGCAGCACUAUCCAAGAUAUUUGCCGUAGCCACAACGUACCCGUAUCAGGUGGUGCGAGCCCGCCUGCAAGACCAGCACAACCGAUACAGCGGAGUCAUCGACGUCAUCAGACGGACGUGGAGGAACGAAGGCUUUACGGGCUUCUACAAAGGCAUCGUCCCAAACGUGAUCCGUGUCACCCCGGCCUGCUGCAUCACCUUCGUGGUGUUUGAGAACGUGUCCCGCUUCCUCCUCGGGACAAAAUGAGAGAGGCCGAAGAGGCCGGCGCGGGCCUGGAGCGCCGGCGGAUAGGCCGGAGCCACCCUGAGACAAAGAGGGGACUGUGUUCAGCCCCAGGCUCUCUCUUCAUUAAGUGGAGAUGUGUGAGGCAUUCGCUUGGAUUUAAACAAAAAAAAGAAAAAGUUGCAGAUUGAAGCAACAGGCACAGCUAACAGCCGGGUUAGUUUUUAUUUCCGUUUUAAAUUUUGGGCUUUCAGCGAAGCGGGGUGAAAAGGCUCCGAUUUAAGCGCACAGUUGGGUCAUUGGGAUGACUUAUCUCAGGCUGCUGUGGUAAUGUGACUGCUUUUUUUCUCAAACAGUGGUAACUGGAACCCAAUAGGAGGGGGCAUGGUAUAAGGACACAUGGUUGCCACAGAGAAAGUUAUGUUUACAAUAUUGUCCGGCAGCAGGAGGAAGAACGGAAGAUAUUUAAAGCUUGAUCGUCUGCAUCAAGAUCGUCUCAGGUCUCCAGUUUCACGCAUUUCUUUUUCGUCAUCCCCGUGGGAGCUGCAGUGGCGGUGAUGGGUGUUUAGCCUAAUCACACCUCUCCAUAAAGUCACGAUUUGUUCCGAUAACCCAAAAUGUAAAUGCAUUUUUUUAUGACAUGUGCUUUAUGGUUUGUGAACACAUUAAAUGUGUUAUGACCCAUUUUAAUGU